AGAGGAAGAAGAAGAAAGGAAAAUUGGUGGCAUGAAGAUGGAGCGUGGAAAGGGGAGGCAUAGGCAUGUGUGUGUUGGUAGUUUCAGAAACGCAUUUGGUUAAGUUUAAAGUUCAAACUUGAAAUCUAAUGCGAGGAAAAGGUCAAAUCAAUUCAAUUCCACACCUUCAAUUCUUCUUUUUUUUCUUCCUUUUCCAAUUUCAUCGAACAUCAAUCAUUCCCUUCUCUUCAUCCAACCAUACCCUAUUUCCGGCCCUUCCUUUUCUCUCUUCUGUUUCUUUUAUCCUCCAUUCCUCACCUCCCAUCCCCUCCAUACGCUUCCCUUCACUUUCUUCUUUUCAGCUACUCGGGAACGCGUUUUGCUCUGCUCUUCUCUUCUCUCUUUUUCUCCCCUUUCCCCAUCUCUUCUUCUGAUUCCUUUUUUCCAUCCUUUCUUUUUUGGAGUUUCCUCUCCCGGAUAUGGAUUCCGAUUUCUGGACCUCUCGCCUUGCCGCCGCUAAACGCCAGUAUAUGUUGCAGCAUCAUCACCAGACCUCCAACUUAGAUCUGUUGGGAAUCGAUGAUUUGGAGAUGGAUGACGAUGCUCGCCCCCAUUUUCCCUGCCCCUUUUGCUACGAGAAUUUUGACGUUAUGUCCCUUUGUUCGCAUCUGGAAGACGAGCACUCUUGCGAGACUAGAGUCACGGUUUGUCCCAUAUGCUCAGUUAAAGUCAUGGGAGACAUGUUAAGCCAUAUAACAUUGCAUCAUGGGCACUUAUACAAGCUUCAGAGGCGCCGCAGGUUGCGUAAGAUUGCAAUCCCCAACAGUCAGGCAUUGUCCCUCUUGAGCCGGGACCUUCGCGAGGCUCAUCUGCAGGUGCUUUUAGGGAGCAGUGGGUACCGUACAAGCACCACAAAUGUGCCUAGUGCAACUCAUGAUCCGUUUUUGUCAUCACUUAUUUUAAAUUAUCCUGCAUCUGAAGUUGAAGAUAUCUCAAAAUCCAUGCUAACCAGUGCCGACGACACAUCUUCAGAGAACGUGUUACCAUCACCGAUUUGGAAAUCAAGUCCAAGUAAUUCCGUCGGCCUUUACAACUACUCGUCUUUGGUCACAAGUUUUGAUCCUUCUUUGAGCCAGGAAGAGCGGGAAAAAAGGAUGAGACAGGCUAUUGGGAGAGCAGGCUUUAUGCGAGAUAUGCUUUUCUCAACUCUCUUAGAGGACUAAUGAAAGCAGUAAGUUAGUACGGAAAUGAUGCAAAAAUGAAUAAAUGAACAGAGUUGAAUUGAUUCAUAUGGCUUUAUUUGUCAUCGACCCAAUAUCAAACUCAUUGAGAUCAAACACUCUUUGAGUACGGUUGAUGAUAAUAUCCUUCUUCAUUACAACCAGUGAAUGGAUUACAUUGAAUAUGAAGCCAGUCUGUUUGUUUAUUUGAUAUUUUAAUCGUACAAUAUUUGUUGUGUCUUUCUGUUGUGUUGCAAGAAGAAUUUGAAUGUAAAAAUUUCAGAAUAGUGAACGACAAAAGGGGAGCAUUAUGCUCAAUUGGCGCUCGAAGGUCAGCCGGGCAGGACCAGGAGCCAGACCAUAACCACCACCAUACAAGGAGAAACUUGAAGAGAAACUAAGAUGGGUCAGCUCAACACAGCGUAAGAAUCUCCGAUUGAAUGGCAACAACUAUUGGGACUGGGCCUACGGCUACUUCCAAGGAAAUUAUCAAUACUUUUCUUUUUUAAACCUUCUCUUUUCAUUAUGACACGACACAACAAAACUAAGUUGAAUUAUCAUUCUGAAACUGAGACGCUGCAAUUUAUUAUAGCUUGAUAAUGAAUUGGAAUUUGCUGUUCUAAUUGAGAUCAAAGAUGCCAAUGUUCUUGGAAGGGACCAUUACA